AUGGGCGGCGGGGGCGCUGUGACUGCCGAGCCACAGGAGCCCGAGCUGUUGGAGCCGGCGCUACAGGCUCCGGAGGAGGAGUCCCUGCGACUGAGCGGCCGCCCGGAGGAGGAAGCGCUGGAGGCGGUGGACGCAGCGGCGGCGGCGGACCCGGCCCCUUCGCAGAUCGCAGCGGGCGGUUGCUGCCCUUGCGCGGUCCCAAAUGAAAACCCCGAAGCUAAGAAGAAAGUUACCUGCCCUGGACUUGGCUUGUUUUAUACAUUAUUGUCUGCCUUAUUUUUCUCAGUGGCCUCUUUAUUAGUAAAAAAAAUACAAGAUAUCCAUUCAGCAGAAAUUAGUGCAUUUCGAUGUGUGUUCCAAAUGUUAUUUAUUCUUCCUUGCUUAAUAUAUGAAAAGUUGGGGUUUUUGGGACCCAAAGGCAAACGAAUUUUCCUUUUCCUCAGGGGAGUCUUUGGUUCCACAGCAAUGAUCCUUCUCUACUAUGCUUUCCAGUUAAUGCCCAUCGCUGAUGCCACUGUUAUCACAUUUACUACUCCAGUUUUCACUUCACUGUUUGCUUGGAUAUAUCUCAAGGAAAAAUACAGUGUUUGGGAUCUUUUCUUCACUAUCUUUGCAAUUGCUGGCGUGAUACUUAUCGCAAGACCACCAUUUUUGUUUGGCUACAACACAGAAGGGAUGGAAGAAAAUCAUUCCUAUCACCUUAGAGGAGCAUUAGCAGCUUUAGGUGGUGCAAUGUGUGCUGCUCUGACUCUUGUUAUACUAAGAAAGGUGGGGAAAUCUGUGCACUAUCUGCUGAACAUUUGGUAUUAUGUAGUGAUUGGACUAUUAGAAUCUAUCAUCGUACUCAUUGUAGUGGGCGACUGGCGUCUACCUCAUUGUGGUAUAGAUAGGCUGUUUUUGGUAUUAAUAGGACUUUUUGGGUUGGGGGGGCAGAUAUUUCUCACUAAAGCAGUUCAGGUAGAAAAAGCAGGGCCUGUGGCCAUAAUGAAAACAAUGGAUAUAGUUUUUGCUUUCCUACUUCAGAUUAUUUUCCUUAAUAAAAUGCCAACGUGGUGGACAGUGAGUGGUGCCCUUUGUGUGGUAGCCAGCAGCUCUGGAGCUGUCAUUCGCAAAUGGUACCAGAAUUCUCAAGUAAGACAUCAGUGCUAAGAUAAACUUGUCAGGUAGAACUUCAUGCCAAUAACACAGAAAAUUUUAAGGUGUAUUUUUAUUAAUUGGUCAUACAGUUUAUGAGUUUAGUAAUAGAAGUAUAAUUUUUUGAAAACAGCAUAUGUAUUUUUAAUAGUUUUAAAUAACUUGGCUAGUUUGCUCUCCCUGAUAUUAUGAAUUUUAUCAAAAGAAAAAAAUUUGAUUCAAGUUUUUUUUCCAUGACUGGAACAAAAAAAGUACAUGUAUAAUGCUUUAAAAAAAAAAAAAGAAAUGUAUUGUCUUUAUUGUGAGCACCUGAGUAGAAGAGGAAAUUAAGAAUAUUUUGAGCAACACAAG